AUGGGGGCGAAGAAGCUGCUGCCGCUGCUCCUGCUGGCGCCGCUGCUCCUGCUGCACUGCGCGAGCGCCCAGGAGGAAGAAGCGGUGAAGCUGUGCGGCCGUGACCUCGUCCGCGCGGUCAUCUUCACCUGCGGAGGGUCCCGCUGGAAGAGGCUCUCCUUGCAACAGCAACAGCCGCUGCCGCUCGGCAACUUUGUACAGAGUAGCAGUGACAAAGGACCAGAGAACAUUAAGCUGCAGCCAGGCAUGGAUCCUAAAUUGGAGCAACUACAAAGUGACAGUCAACCAGCUGGACAACAGUCACUGAAAGAUUUGUUUAAUUUAUAUGACAGCUAUAAUGAAUAUGUUCCUACUUUGGGUAACUUUAAUGAAUACAUCCAUCAAUUAGGGGAUGCCUCCCGUAAAAGCAGAGAUGGAACUGGGCAGGCCAUGGACUCCGUUCACUUUCCUUGGAUCAAAUAUCCUCAAAGAAAGCGUGACAUCUCUGGGGGAAUAGCUGAGGUGUGUUGUAAAUGGGGCUGUACCAGAAAAGAGAUUGGUGCUCUAUGUUAA